AUGACAAUCCGAAAGAUUCCAUUCCUGCCACGUCAUCGUGCUGUCUACCUACUGUUGCUUGUUCUCCAAGCCACAAGCCAACCUCAGCCUCGAACCAUCGAUCCAAAUGGUCGGCAAGUAAGACCAAACCAGGUACCAGCGGUAAUCAUUGGGAUGCUUAUGUUCACGCUCUUAUUCAGCAUGCUCGCUUGCUGCGUUUGCUAUAAAUACACAAGCACAUCUCCUCCUGGAACAAGCUCUGACACCGACGAUGGAGUUCAUGUACCGCGGACGAGAAGGACAAGCCGUGGACUUGAAAAGGAUGUCGUAAAGUCGUUUCCGUCUUUUCUUUACUCACAAGUAAAAGGGCUAAAGAUCGGCAAAGGUGGCGUGGAAUGUGCCAUUUGCUUGAACGAGUUUGAGGACGAUGAAACGUUGCGUUUGAUGCCUCCUUGUAGCCAUGCAUUUCAUGCUGACUGCAUCGACGUCUGGCUCUCUUCUCGCUCCACUUGUCCCGUUUGCCGCGCCAAUCUUGCUCCCAAACCGGGAAGUGAUGAUCAGAGCUUUCCAUAUCCAUUUAUACGUCCACAUACCAAUCAAGAAAUGGAUCUCGAAACGGGAAACACGCGAAGAAGUGUAUUAGAAUCUCCAGACAUACGUUUGCUAGAUAGAUUGACAUGGAGCAAUAACAACGGAGCCAAUAGACCGCCUCGAUCGAGGUCCACAGGGUCAUCAAACUGGCGAAUAAGGGAGAUAUUAUUCCCAAGAUCUCAUUCGACGGGUCAUUCUCUGGUCCCAUUAGGAGAGAAUCUAGACAGAUUCACAUUGCAGUUACCAGAAGAGGUAAGGAGACAAUUGAGCCAAAGGACGUUACCACAAGCCAGGAGUUCAAGACGAGGCUAUAGGAGCGGUAGCGUUGGGAGCGAGAGGAGAGGUUUUCCUUAUGGACGCCGAUAUAGUCGACGGACCAUUUCUCUUUCUUUCUCUUUUUCUUUCCAGGCUGCCUCUCUUCAGUCAGCAAAAGGUAAGGAGAAAGAGUUUGGAGAAGGGUCACGUGACCGCCUUAGGUGA